UCCAUGGCGAGCUCGCCGCGAUCCCCGCAGCCGGCGGCUCCGGCCCAGGCGGAGCUCGAGAUCUCGCGGCAGUCCCGUAUACUCGCGGCGUUGUCGAAGAAGGUGAUAGAUCUCGAUGAGCUGAGGAUGCUUUCAGCUCAGGGCGUCCCCGACGGUGCCGGCGUCCGGUCGACUGUGUGGAAGCUGCUACUGGGUUAUUUGCCCAGUGAUCGUGAACUGUGGGAGCAGGAGUUGGCAAAAAAGAGAUCACAAUAUGAAGCCUUCAAAGACGAGUUCCUUGGCAACACUGUAGGUGGAAAUAGCGCAACUAGAGGAUCAGAAGGCCAUAGCGACGGAAAUGCAGAGCAUGUCGAGAAUGGGUUUCUUGAUAGGUCGGUGAUAGCCCAAGAUGAGCAUCCUCUGAGCCUUGGGAAGACCAAAGAAUGGGAUCAGUUUGUUGAGAAUUCAGAGAUGAUUGAGCAGGUUGACCGUGAUGUGAAACGCACUCACCCUGACAUGCAUUUUUUCUGUGGAGACUCGUCUUUUGCAAAGUCAAAUCAGGAAUCACUGAAAAAUAUUUUAAUUAUCUUUGCCAAGCUGAAUGCUGGAAUAAGAUAUGUGCAAGGAAUGAACGAAAUUUUGGCGCCGCUCUUCUUUGUAUUUCGAGAUGAUCCGGAUUAUAAAAAUGCUAACUUCGCAGAAGCCGAUUCUUUCUUUUGCUUUGUGGAGUUACUUAGCGGGCUUAGAGACAACUUCUGCCAGAAGCUAGACAACAGCGCCGUUGGCAUUCAAGGGACGCUCUCCAAAUUAAUGCAACUCCUAAGGAAGUAUGAUGGAGAGCUUCAGCACCACUUGGAAAUAACGACAGAAGUUAAUCCCCAGUUCUACGCAUUCAGGUGGAUAACACUGCUGCUAACCCAGGAAUUCAACUUCGCUGAUACCAUUCACAUAUGGGACACGCUAUUAAGUGACCCAGAUGGUCCUCAGGAAACCUUGCUGAGAAUAUGCUGUGCAAUGCUUAUCCUCGUCCGGAAACGCCUCCUUGCUGGGGAUUUCACAUCCAACCUAAAGCUCCUGCAGAGCUACCCCCCGACGAACAUCGGCCACCUCCUCUACGUCGCGAACAAGUUGCAGUGAACAAACCGGUUCACUCGGGAACAAAUUGCUGUGAACAUAUAUGUUCACUUACAAACUGUAACUGUAAUACCAUCAUACUAUUACUUCACCGCAAUCUGUAACUUUAUUACCAACGGUUCAGAAAUAAGCUACUGUUAUGAUUUUUA